AUCUGUCAUCUUCCGCUGCAACAGGUGAGCGCUGACGCGCGACUUUCCCAUUUCUCCAGACGUCCUCGCACUUCUCCAAAGUUCUGGGCGAGCUUUAAUCAUGGCCACAAACGUCCAAGAAAACAUAUAUGAACAAAUCGACGAGAGGACCGAAAACAUAUAUGAGAAGCCGUAUGAGAACAUAAACAGUGACACAGAGCCGAAAUAUGAGAAUCAAGGCGCGCACGAGGAACCCAUCUAUAGUACUCCAGACUACAUGGAUACGAGAGAAACAACUGAGGAAGAAGCUCAGCUUUCACCCUCCAGUGAACGAGGAGAGCAGCUGGAAAGCGAGAUAAUGGUGGCAUCUCUGCAGAAUGGAGAUGGAUACGGGUCUGGAAGGUCUUCAUCUUUAGAGGGAACUGGAGACCCUUGUGAUGACCAGCCCUCACUGGUCCACGAAGACCUGCUUAUGGCUUACAGUCUCCCAGAAGAAACAUCUCCAGAACCCGAGGAGGUAGUUGACUACAGCUUGAAGAACGUGGAGGACAGCGCCGUGGAGGAGACCCCUGCGGUUACCGACCCUACCCAGCCUGAAAUCGCGCUUUUUGUCAAGGCUGGUUGUGAUGGCGAGAGCAUCGGAAACUGUCCGUUCUCCCAACGCCUCUUCAUGAUCCUCUGGCUCAAAGGUGUGGUCUUCAACGUCACCACUGUCGACCUCAAGAGGAAACCAGCUGAUUUGCACAAUUUGGCUCCAGGCACUCACCCUCCUUUCCUGACCUAUAACGGUGAGGUGAAGACAGACAUUAACAAGAUCGAGGAGUUCCUGGAGGAGGUUUUGGCACCACCAAAGUACCCCAAACUUGCAGCCAGGAACAGGGAGUCAAACACAGCUGGGAAUGACAUAUUUGCAAAGUUCUCAGCUUUCAUAAAAAACACAAAGCCAAAUGCGAAUGAAGCUCUGGAGAAGGGUUUGACAAAGGCACUCAAGAAGCUGGAUGACUACCUGAACAGUGCCUUGCCUGAUGAGGUAGAUGCCGACAGCAUGGAGGAAGAGAAGGUCUCCAACCGCAAGUUCCUGGACGGGAACGAUCUGACUCUGGCAGACUGCAACCUGCUGCCAAAGCUCCACAUAGUGAAGGUCGUUGCCAAGAAAUAUCGUAACUAUGACAUUCCCAGCGAUUUGACAGGAGUGUGGCGUUAUCUGAACAGUGCGUAUGCACAAGAAGAGUUCACCAACACUUGUGCUGCAGACAACGAGAUCGAAUUGGCAUAUCAGGAUGUGGCUAAGAGGUUAAAGAAGUAAACAGAAGAACAAAUUUGACUCAACCAGACUUGGGGUAGAUAUUUUCUUGGGGAAGAGAUGAUGUUUUCCAUGUAAUUCAAAACUAUUGAUCCCAAACUACAAGUUAGUAGUUUCUUUCAUCCAGGGCCCUGAUAAUCAAUCAUCCAUUGAAUUAAGGACUGGUGCUCUGAUAUACAGUAAUUAUGAAACACGUCAUUUGCCUGUCUGUGAGUACCGUGACUCAAUAUCAGCCCAUACUUACCAACGCUCAUUCAUCUGUUGCUCAUAUAAACAUUGUUCUAAGCAACUUUGCUGUUGUCUCUAUUUAAAGAGACUUCACAUUACCGUUUUCUGUUUCUACUGUUUUUACAUUACUGUUGUUCUCUCUCUGCAUAGACAACAGUUCUUCCUGUUUCAUUCUAUUUAUCAUAUAAUGCACUGAUUCUUGAGAUAUGGGACAAAACACGUUCCUCUGCAUCAGAAUGAAUCAAAGAUGAUCACCAUAAAUACGUAAUCCAAUAUUUUCUGAUACACUGCUGUUCAAAAUUUUGAGGUUGGUAAGAUUUUUUUGUUAUGUUUUUAUGUUCACCAAGGCUGCAAUUAUUUGAUCAAAAAUUUUGUAAAAUAUUACCAUUUAUAAUAACUUUUUUCGAUU